AUGGCAUACCCAAAUUAUGAGAAGAAUUAUUUUGAAGGAGCAAUAGAUGAAGAAAAUGUGAUUCUUACAUUGGUUCCAGUUACUGAGGAAAUUAUUGAAGACCAUCAGAUGGAACCAGGUGUUUCUUCAGCUUUGGAAGUCAAGAGUACAAAUGAUGAAGUUCAUCCUCCUGAAACCAACAAACAGUUCAAAGCUAGCCCAAAAUCAUGUCAUAAAACAAUUCAUCCUUUGCCGAGCAUUUUGCCUCCAAUUAAUCAAGUGAAUCGGAACACUUUGCGGAACUGGUGUCAACAACUUAACUUGAGUACCAGUGGCCAGAAAAUAGAGGUUUAUAUGAGACUCCGGACAUAUGCUUAUUCUGAAAAAGAUCAGUAUAUUCCUGAAACAUCAUGGGAGACCAGAUUGCAGUCAGCUUCAAGGAAACACAAGAUGGUGACCAAGAGACCAAGAGUUCAGAAUAGUAAGAUGAGUGAGAGAGGGGAAAAGACCAACAUGGUUGAAGUGGUAACUCCGGCUCAGGAGGCCAUGUUGGCAGCAUGGUCAAGAAUUGCUUCAAGAGCCGUUCACCCUAAGGCUGUGAAUUUACCUCCCGUUCCUGCUUCUGUUGAGACCUUUCUGCCACAAGCCUCUGGUGUCCGAUGGUGUGUGGUCCACGGCAGACCGUGUUUUGCAGACACAGAAGGUUGGGUUCGCCUGCAGUUCCAUGCAGGUCAGGCCUGGGUGCCUCAUACCCCCAGGAAGAUGAUCUCUCUCUUCAUGUUACCUGCCUGUACUUUCCCAUCCCCAGACCUAGAAGAUAAUAUGUUAUGCCCUGAAUGUGCUAAGAGGAAUAAGAAAAUUAUGAAAAAAUUAAUUGCAAUGAGGAAGAGGAAAAAACCUAGUUUGAACACACCAACAUCAUUCCCUUCAGAUGGACCAAGUGGAAUCCCUCUUCUCUCCAUCUUCACUGCCACUACACUAAUCCAAGCCAUCUUCUCAUCUGAUCUCCCUGCCUUACUCCUACCUACUCUGAUCAUCAGCUACCUGAUGAUCAUUUUUAAAAAACAAUUACCUGAUCAUUUCCCUCUUUUCCACUGGCCCCCAAUGGUGGCGUCGUUUUGUGGGGCCUAA